GUUUCAAAAGCACUUUUCGUUCACAUGUCACAUAUAUUAAAGUUUGUUUCAGUGUCAACAGGUUCAAGGUUUAAGCAGGGCUGUAACACACCCGGUGAGUGGCAUAUAAACGUCACAUUCCGCACAGAAACCCACUUAACUCGUUACGAUUGAGUAAGUCAGCAAAUGUUCACAGAGGAAAAGGAGGGGUUGCAGGUGUGUGUGUGUCGUCAUUAAACCUUUAACCCUCCAUCACGACCAGAACACGCUCUCUCUCUCUCUCUCACAUACACACUCACACUGUGAUCUGAUGGCUGUGCUCGUGCUGCGAUGGAUCUUCAGUCUGUUGACGGUGAUCAUCAUCUCUCAGAGUGUGUGUCUCAUCUACAACACAUCAUAUUCACACAACACCGGGGAUGCAGUUACAGACACGUUUUACCAGUUACAUUGCAGUAAACUCAGAGAACAGUUCUCAUCAGACAACAUCAAACCAGCUCAAAGAAUUGACAUCAUGAAAUUCACUCAGGACGUUUUGAAUUUAAUGAACUGCCCGUACAGAUCAAACACAAGUGAACGAGCGUCAAACAAGAUUAGACUGAAUCUUUAUUGUAAUGCCACAGGAUCUUUAUUCCUCACCAAACACAACACAGCUAUCAAUGAAGAGAUCCCAUACGAAACAGAAAUGAAACUCACUCACAAGAUAGACAAAAAACUUCACAACAUGUUUCCUGAGGAUUUUCCGUGGACGUCUGGUAGUCUGGGCCAUUGUGCUGUGGUGGGCAGCGGGGGGAUUCUGCAGAACAGCAGCUGUGGACCCGAGAUUGACAGUGCAGACUUCGUCAUAAGGUUUAAUUUGGCUCCCAUUAAUGACAGCGAUGUUGGUGUGAAGACGCAUCUGGUGACCAUAAACCCCAGUCAGAUAGAGAAGAAUUACAAAGACAAGAAUGGCCCUGAUCGGCUGGUGAAGCACGUCAGCGUGUACGGGAACGCACAUCUCAUCCUUCCCGCCUUCGCCUUCCCCUCUAAUACAAAAUAUGCCAUGACAGUUCUUCAAGCCCUUCAGCCAGUCAGACCCCAGCAGCCGGUGGUGUUCUUCAGCCCCUCUUACCUGCGGAACCUGGCCAAUUUCUGGAAGUCGCGUGGCCUGAAGGUGAAUCGCCUCUCGACGGGGUUCAUGAUGAUCAAUGUUGCGCUGGAGGUGUGUGAGGACGUGCACGUGUACGGUUUCUGGCCGUUUGACAUCGACCCAAUGCAGCGGCAGGUCCCGCAUCAUUAUUAUGACAACAGGGGCCCGAGCCACCGCAGGCAUCGCAUGCCGGAAGAGUUCCUGCGUCUGCUGCGUCUGCACAGCCAGGGGGCCCUGACACUGCACCUGCAGUCCUGCGCUGCCUGAACCAGACACCAGCGCAUGUGAGCGGAGCUGAGCGGUGGAAUUUCUGCUCCCCGCUCCAGCGCUCAGAGUCGCACCAAACUGCUCCGCUCAAUUCCCCUCCCCGCUCAUCGACAAUUUCAUCCCAUCCACUCCGGUGAAAUCUCUGCACGCUCGCUCAAAUUUAAAUUUCCUCUGCAUGCCUAACACCGGCUACUGGAACUGAUCGCGGUCAUUCUAGUCUAUGCUUGUGUUUACACCAGACGUGUCGCGGCAUGUUUCAAUAGUCGGUGUGUUUCAAAAGUGUCUCUACGCAACUGCUUCGCUGAAGAAAGAUGCCUUGACUAUUUUUGACGGACACCGUGUCCAAACCGCACUGCAAAUAGACAAUAUUUUCAGAUGUCAACCAAUAUAAAAUGCUCACUUUUUGCUCUGGCUUCCCCAUGUUUGCGCAUCACACUGUCAUGUUUUUCUUUUUAGAUUGAAAUACGAAUCCUUACUUUCUGAAAUCGUAUCACCACAUUCCUGUUCAUGUUCAACAUCGUUAUCAUCUAGUUUUUUAACAGGAAUUGUAAACCAGUACGACCUGUCGAUUUGCUUUUGGAAAUAUUUCACGAACUCCAUCUCUCCUUCACAAUGAACGAUUUUUGAAGUAUAGGCUGACAGUAUUGUACAUUUUUGAAGGCACAGGUGAAUUCUGGCUGGAUUUGUGCAUGCCCUAGACUCGUGCUGUGAGCGCUGUCGGAGCGGAACUGGAGCGACACAGAGCAAUCGCUCCACCAUUUGGGUAAAGACCCCCUCAGCGCUCAGACUAUAUUUGCACGCUCCGCUCACAUGCUCUGCCAGACACACACACUGUCUGCUACACACACGCACAAAAAAACACCUGAGGGGCCAGCACACACACACACACUUACUGACUGCUACUCACAUGUACAAAAACACACCUGAGGGGCCUGCACAUAUACACACACACACACACACACACACACACACUGACUUGCUGCUGCACACGCACAAAAACAAAAGCUAAUUGUGUUCAACAUGGAAAAAAUGGGUGUGUAUAUCUCAGGUAAAGAGAGAGAAAUUAUAAUGAGCUUAAAGUCCCCGUGAACCGGAAGUUGCGAUUGUUUUUACUUCCAUAUUUUGCCGCAUUUCCCAGUGAAAUAAAUAGCCGAGUGGCAUCCGUCUUUCUAUUUGAUUUGAUGUUUGAAAACAGAUUGAUCUUAAAAUCCAAAGAAUCCAAAUUCUCAUAACAAAAGCUGGCGUAAAUAUCAUCGUAAAAUUGAGACAGCCUCAUGGUUGUUUUAAAUCUCAAUAGGUAAAAUGUUUAAUACGUGUAUUUGGUUGUUUCACAUGUGACAUGUAUUGUAUUGAGCCUGAAUCAUCAUUUUGACGUUUACUAGCCAUUAAGGAAUAUUUAUUUUGAUAUAGGUUAAUAAUAAGCUCUAGCACCCUUACUUUAGCUUUCAUUAUUGUACUGCUUUUUACAUUAUUCUGACAAACUGACGAAACGGAGAGAGGUCACAAGUUUUAUGCCGUAGUAACAAUUAUUUUGCAUUUAUAAUUUAUGUUAUAAUAAGUUUAUGUUUUAACACUUGCUAACAUAUUAGCUAACAUGCAAUCGUAAAUGCCGUUUAACACAUCACAAGCUAAUAUAUAUAGGCUAUUAGAAUGCAAUGUUCAUGUUACACACAUUAAAUUUAAUUGUAUAGAUAUACAUAUACAGUUACCACACGAGCAAGCCAGUUAAAUCAUAUUAUUUUAUUCUUACGACAAAGAUUAAGAUGUUCUUUAGAAAGUAUUUGAGAAUGUUUUAAGAAAUGUUUGAGAAUUGCACUUGCGAACAAUCUUAUGAAAUUCCUACAAUAUAUCUUACGAAAGUUCUUAUAUUUUGUCUUAAGAACAUUUUCGUGAAUCCGGCCCUAGGCAAUUGGUGGUGAGGAGACAGGGUUACCAAGCCAAUCAGUACAUACACUUAAAGGGGAGGAGUUAAAGGAUGCUCCGCCCAAGCUGUCUAACCAACAUCAUUUAAGAUGUAUAGUCAUUUCAGGAUGGAAGUGCAUUUUCAGAUGUUAACCCGUGUGUGGUGUUCAUAUUUUUAUUACUCACCCAGUGUUUGUGGGUCUAGUGGACCCGCUGCAGUUCUAGGUUUUUAAUUCAACACCAUCACUAAGUAACAUUUAGUCAGUUAGAAGACACUUUUAUCCAAAGCAACUUACAGAGAGUUCAGGGAGCAAUAAGCAAUCUGUCACACAGGAGCAAUAAUACAACAGGUGCUGAUACAGAGUUACACUUUAUGUUAAAGUAAUGAAAAGAUGUUUAUUUCCUCCCAAUAACAAGCAAUCUUAACAACAUAUAUGGUUAAUAUUUGCCCUGUCCCAUUGUUAGAUCACAUUUAUGAAUUGAACUGCUCCACUUUUUUUUGCCGGGAACGGCAGGGGCAGAAACAGAAACUCACACUUACACACACUUUCGAUCACUCUCUCUCUCACACACACAGAAACACACACAGUCAUUCUUAAAGGGGGCCACGGCAUGAAAAGGACACAAUGAAGGUACACAUUGUGAACCUGUGUUUCCACACUUUUAUAAGCCCUUGGUCUUGUUCACCUGAACAGCCUGUAUGUAUAUAAAUGUGUAGGGGGUGUACAGCGUGCGGUCAUUGAAAAUGUGUCCUGAAUUGUGUUCUCCACAGAAAAUAAGCCAAAGCCAAGGAAAAAAUUAUUAAUGGUUUCAUUUUUCUUUGAUAAAAAAUGACCUGAACACCAUACAAGGGUGAACUGAAGAUGAUGAGGGCACAUUCAUUUUAAAAAGAGAACGACCCAAAUUGAUCAUCUAUUUACAAUAAACACAGCAAAAUUUCAUGAAAAAAUAGGCAUUUUGUCAUUUGUAAUUUCACUGGGACUUUAAACCAAUUAAACAGCAACAUUUGAGGCAAGCUAAGAUUGCUCAAACGUACCUGAGGAAGCACUGAAACCAGUUUUGUGUAGCAGGAGUCAUGUGUUGUGUUGAUGUUUUGUCAGGUUUGUGUCUUGUGUUCAUGGACAGUUUUGAUGCGCUGCACCUCUCCUCGGUUUCUCUUUUAUUUAAUAUCUUCAUGUUUGCUCUGUUGUGUGGUUUUAUUGUCACUCAGCAAGUCCAGAGAAGUCUUUAGUUUUGUAUUUGUUUUGAGUUUUGUGAUGUAUCUGUGAGGAUGUUUUCAAAUGUACAGGUGUGAGCACAAUCACAUGCAUACACACGUCAGUGUUAUUUCACCUGGUGAUUUGGGCCUUUGAUCUUUGAUUUCUGUGUGAAGUCUAUUUAUAUCUAUGAAUGAUUAUAAUAUUGAAUUAUGAUUGUGAAACUGUUUAAAU